GGGCCUUGACUUGUGGCGGCCUCUGCUAACCCAAAGGGCAAACUACUGGCACAUAUUUUCAUAACGGACCCAGCUGAUGAGAUCAUCGCCUCAUCUCGCCUGCUUUGUGCGACGCGACGGCCUUGGCUUAGCGUGGUGUCGGUGCGCCGUGUCGUUCUGUGCUUGUUGUGACCGCGACGACGCAACCAUGACAACGAUCGGCGAGUGCGGUUGCCGCGAGCGGCACUGACGACGCGAGGACUCGGCGGCGGCAGCCUCCGCGUCGACGGCGACGUCGGGAGCACAGACGCAGCCAAACGCAUCACGUCUUUGACAGCAGCUAGGCCUAGCAGCUGUAGCACUACGGCCAGUCCACGCUCCGUACCGUCGCGGACGACGGCUAGGACGACAACGGCACGUCUUCUAGCGAUGGCAUCGAGUUCGCUCAGCCAGGAGGACGUCGACCACGAGCUCGAGGUGCAGUGUUCGCGUCGUUCGCGCAUCCGAACGGCGCGUGCGGUGACGCGCACGGCUGCGCCGCUCGCGGUUCGGGACCUGUCGGCGCCCGACUGCGAGCUCGGGUCGCUGGCGCUCGAAUGCGGAGGCGGCGACCACGACGCGUCGCCCAAGCCUCGGGCCAAGGACAAGCGAUGCCCACGGCCCAACCACGCCAACAAAUGCAAGGCGCAGCGAGAGCGUCGAAAGCUUCGCGAGAAGCGACGGAGCACCGGAGUGGUCCACCUGCAGUCCACCGAGAGUACGGGUGGCAGCACAGGCGAAGAUGAAGAGCUGCUGAAUAUGUCAGCCGAGACGCGCCGCAACACCACCCUCAACGAGGCUCUGCACCAGCAGGACGGGGCGUCCCAUGCCAUCUCCUCUUCGGCAGUGCCGUCAGGUGGAGCCACCAUGACAGGGACAGCAGCCUUCCAAGAGUCGAGGCCAUUUGGCAGACCAUGCAAGUGCCGGAACACCAAGAGCCCCUCCGACCGGGAUGCCGACGACGAGGACAACCAGGAGUACGACAGUGCUGUGAACCAGUCGGACGGGGGAAACCUGAGCUCUCAGGGGACGGCGCUGGCCCCGCUGCCGUCUUCCUCCUUAGCUCGAGGGGUGGCCGACUGGGAGGAUUCCACGGGGGGGAACCAGGAGGCCCUGCAAAGGGCGCUCGGGGAGGCAGAGCGUGUUCAGGAGGAGGUCCGUCGGCUGGUGCAGCUGCUCAAGGAGAAGGAGCUGCGCAUCCACUCACUCGAGCGGAGGGUGCUCGCCAUGGCCAAGGAGUUGAGCGAGGUGACAGCCGAGAAUCGGGAACUGCGCGAGAUGAACAGCGCCCUCUUGGACGGAGUGCCGCUGGCCAUGCAGCCGCCCGCCAAGGAGUAAGGCCUGCACUCACAGACAAUGGCAGCUGCUCCCGGAAAGCUCUUCGUUCUGCAACAGAGCCCCGACAAGCAUCCACACGUGCGUGCGUGUGCCGGCCGCGCCUGUUCGUGCACUCUUGGCGGCGGUCGCUUUGAGGCAGCUUUUCUCGCGUUUCUGCGCUGUGGACAAUCCGGAGCCGGCGAUUGGCUGCCCAGGUGGGCCCUCUGCACAGACGGCAUCCGAAGACGGUUUACCGCAAGUGUAUGCAUUCGGUGAGACGGGCAGUCGCAGAUGCUGUCGCGAUGCCCGCCCGGCUCCGAUUGUACAUGCAUGACAUUCGCAUCUGGGGCUAGGGCUAUGCGACGAUUCUGUCCCAGUUUGCUUCGAAGCCGGUUGCUUUUGCUUGUUUGUCCGCAGUCUGAGCUGUGUUUCGUCUGCCUAGUGACAAUUUGUGGGGAGGACCAGAGAGUUUCCUACAAACAUUCUGGGGGCACUAGUGUCUACGUGGGCUGCAGUGGUGGCAAUUCAGCCAGCAUGCAAAUGAUGUGUUUGCCUAAAUGUCAUCGUUCUGGCUUCAAAAUGGCUUUGUAACCUUGCAACUUGGCCAUUUUCAAUAAAAUACUGUGCUGCAAUGCAGCAACUGUAAGUGCACAAGUGAAAAAAUUGCAAUUAUGCAUGUGCACAGAAACUUGUUGCAUUGGUGCAUCUAGAAAAUGUGAAUUUUUCGGAACUGUAGAAAAAUAAAAGUCUAAUGAAUAACACCACCAGGACAUCUGAAGCCAGAAGCAUGGUGAUUAGACGAAGCCGUGUACAGUAUGCAAAAUUUUCAUGACGGGUGAAUGAUGGAAGCACCAGAGUUCCCUCUUGUAACUUUUUUGCAGGAAACUUUAUACGGAUGCAGUGACACUUCUGGAACGUGCCUGUUUGGGCAUUCUGCCAUUCGUGACAGACUGCAUCAUGUCCUUUUGUCGGUCACUUUGAGGCAGCUUUCUUUGUGCACCCUAGACUUUUUGCUGGAGUAUCCAGAGCUAGCCAUCGUCAGCCGGUUAUGUAGGAAAGUCCGAAGCAGUGUUAGUUGGUUUUUGAUCGGCACGACAAACAAGCAUGGGCAGGGCAAGGGAGAAGUGCCGAGAGUGAGUGCACUUCUCUUGCUCUUGUCCAAUUGCCUUGCACCAUUCAUCCUGUUGCUUAUGUAUUGCCGCCACGCACAUGGCCAAAUCUUCGGGAUGACUCCCAGGUCUGAGUUUUGACCGGUCUAGUGGGCACAGGUGUUUGAGCCUUGCAUGACUAUAGACUUUGCUGGAACGUUUUGGUGGGCUAGUUGGGUGCCCAUCUGCUAGCAUAGUUGUAUGCGCAAAAAAGAAAUGCAUAGCUGGAUAAGGACACACUGAUAGAUCGAGUGCAAAGUCUUGCGCACAUCCUGGCAGUGUGUGAAAAAAAAAAAGACGCACAACCACACAAAAAACGGACAUUUAUGCUGGCGGACUUAUUGAACGCGUGGCCAUUUUCGACCAGUGCCGAUAGCAUCCAGGUUUAGGCCAGUGACCUUCUAUUUAAGCUUCAUUCCAAACUUAAUGUUUUCAACCUUCAUCAUAGGCAUCAGCUACAUGAUAGACGAUUAUACAUAGGCUUAACUGUAAGAAAAUAAUUGUGAUGCUCUAGAUUCAGUUUAGGAGGCUCCGAAAAAUCCCUGGAAGACAUUGGCUAUAUUUAAUAUGCCACAGCACCUGCGUAACAUGAUUGGAAGGCAAAGCUGCCAAUCUCUGCCAUGCUUCUUUGCAGUUUAAAGAUAAUGUUUCAUGCUCUUCAUCUUAUGCCCGAACCGAGCUCACAAAAGGUAAAGCACACACACAGGUAAACUUCAAUGUAACAAUGUCGUAAAGUAUGGCACUCCACUUUCUUAUACCAGAAUUAUUAUUUAUUUUUUUGCAUUGAAAUACUGUAUAUUCUUGUGUAUGUUCUGCAACCCUAAAUUUUGUUGAAUAUGCCGAACAUUUUCCGGAAGUUAUCCAUGCCAGGGCCGUAUCUUGCAUACUGUGGGGCAUUCAAAAACAACCACAAUCAGUUCAAUCGUUUGACCGCUGGCACCUCUGAUGCACUUUCCAUUCAAUGCCCCCAUUUUCCUUAGGAGCAGGUGUGAAAUUUUGUUACAUUGAAACCAAGGAUAAACGCACUUUGCUACAUCGAGGCUGAAAAUAUGUGUGUCUUGAAUCUUAUGAUGCAGGUGUCUGACUGUUCUGAGGUCAUGGCUGAGUAGGUUUAGUGUUGUCCGAUUGCACCUGAAUUUUCCCCUACAUGGUGGUGAGGGUAAAGCUUGGCUUGUGUUUUUGUGGAUGUUUCAGUUCCCGCCACGUCUUCAAAUAAUAUUGCCGAAACAAACACUGGAAUUUUUAUUUGGUAUGAACAUUUGUUCAAAUCCCCAACGAAAGUGAGCUGCUCUUAAAGGCCAAAUGCAGCGUAUGCUACCCCCGGAAUGGGCUUUUUCACGCAGUUUGAGGGGUGGUUUGGGACCUCUUUAUGGCUCUUAAUAACCCUGUAGCUUUCCUGAAGUUGUUUCAGUAGUAUCUACAAUUCAUUUAUAACCAGUUUAGCCAAAGGGAAAAAUUUUGCUGCAUUUGGCCUUUAAACAGUCGUUAGCUAAAGUUGGAACCGUAGGCCCAAAUGUUGACCAAGAAAUGUGCCGUCCCCUGUUUAUUUUUGUUAUUUUUUAUUUUUCUACAGUUUGGAGAAAGGCCUAUAUAUGCAGUAGAACUCUGUUGAUACAAUCGUGUUACGUAUGAUUUUCUGGCGGCAACGUUCGUUCACGGUGGAGAACACAAAAAAUGACCGAAGGGAAUUGUGCCGAUUUUUUUACCGGAUCAAACGUUCCCGGAAAACGCAAAUCUUACGGCACCAACAUUCAGUACGUCACCAGACUGCGAUCGUGCGAUAUGUUUUCCGGCCGCUAGAUCCCGUGUAAACAAAAAAAUGUGCAAGGUGCGUGCGGCUGAGUACGGUAGCCACCCACCGCGGGCGCUUCACCCAAGUACGUACUUGCCCGCCCGGGUUGCGUGAAAACAUUGGCGCGCACUCAGCUUCUCAUUCCGGUACCAGCAAAUCUCCUCCCAAGUCAUCGCAUGCCACAAUCGCAGCCAUCACAGCCAAUCCCGUUGCGAUAAGCAUCUAUCUGUUUUACAAUGCGUGGGGCAUAAUGCCAUUCGAAGCGUACUGCAUGCUUUUAGCAGGCGAUAACCCAAAUGCUCUGCCGUUGCCUACUGUGGGCGGCACAAUGUAAGAGUGCCACGUUUUGCUCCAGCGGCAUCCGGCAUUGCCCGCAAACUCGUUCUCGUUUUGGUUUCGCAUCGCCGGCUGAAAGCACCACACAAUAGGAAAACAAUAAAACACGUCUCAGGCUACCGGAGCCCCACCAGCUCCACGUGCGUCGGUAGCUUGUGCUUUGUGCUACAACGAUUCCCGCAGCACUUCGCAUUACGUAGAUGUCAACUGCUGUCAAAUUUUUUUAGUUGCUUCAGAUCAUAUGUUUUUCGAGAUGGUACGUUUUCCUUGCCUUUUUUUCCAGAACGUACGAACGAGGGUCUACUGUACAUGACUGUACAACAAAUAAACAAGAAAUACAUUCAAAAGAAAUCUAAAUACAGAGAAAUGUAUGUAGUAUUUCAUGUAUAGGCAUCUCCACUUUUUCACUUUUUGUCUAUGUUAUUGUAAUUUUCCUCUCCACUACCUUUUUUGUUCACCUUCAUCUUUCUCACCGCCACGGGACAGUUCAGGUGUCCACUCAGAAUUGAGACAGUUACGAUGCCCUUAAUUUACUACCUCCUUUUAUCCUUUUUAUAACGAACUACUACUACUGCUACUACUUCUACAACAUAGGUUGGCACUGGUCACAGCUCUGUUGCUAUGAAUGUGCAAAUCUUGCAUGGACUGAUUAAGCUCUGGAAAUUGUAGGCUCCUGUUAGAGAAAUCUUCAUGCACUCUGCUCAACUUCAAGCUCGGGGAUCAGCUUAGUGCCCUUCUUGUACAUACAAUUCUCACUCGAGCCACUUGAAAGUGCUUUGUGCACGAGGAAUAGAUGGCAGUAGAAGACAAAGCAUUGUAGGCUGAUAUAGUAAGCUCGUACAGGGUUUGUAGUGUUCCUUGAAACCCUUGAAUGGUGAAAAUACCGUUUCCGAGGUUAUUGGAGCCUUUAAAGUUUUGUGGACUGCAGCUUAAAACGUCCCUCACUGGGUUUGGCCAUUUUUGACAAACAAGCGUAGCAUAUACAUGACACGCUGGCAAAUUUUGCCUGAGAGUAUUGCGGCACUGUGAAAACAUGAGAUUUGAGAGCAAGUUCCGCACUCCGCCAAGACUAAUAAUCCAAUGCGGAAGAAACAACGGUACAAGAAAGGAGGCAGAGCUUAUGUCGCAGUAAGUCUCUCGGCUAAGACGGGGAGGGAACACUACUAGAGGUAGAGGGAGAGAGCGUCUCCAUCGACAGUGUGGCUCUGCUCUGGGUAGAAUGGUAACAGGACAGCUAAUUUCUUCUAUCUGCUUUCUAUCUCAUUUGAAAAAUUCUUGUGAUAAAACGCUUGUUAAACGGCGCUUUACAGCUUCGAAUCUAUAGCCAAAAUUUGCAAUAGGGCCUGGUGAGGGGCACUUUCGUAAUCCUUGAAUUUUGUUUUCAGCUUAGCUUCGUAGAUUUUAUAAGCAUAACUGACCACAAGGUUUGUGCAAGCGAACAGUCAAGGCAAUCCAGUUUGAUAAGCACGUUCGUGGUAAGGAGCUAACAUUGUACUGACUGGUGAUGCAGAAAAGGCUUAGCAAGUGUUUUUUAUUAUUAUUAUUAUUAUUAUUAUUGUUUGCUCAUUAAGGCAAGUGUUUUCAUUUCACGCUAUCAGUUGUCAUGGUGCUCCAAUCCUUGAAAAUGCUUUUUCAAGGCCUUCAUAGCCUGAAAACCUUGGAACUUUUUCUGCAAUAGCUACUAUAAGCCUUGUUCACAGCUUGCUUCUAGGUUGUCUAACCUUGCAGUCUUUUCAAUAUGCAAGGCAUUGUCUUGCCUCUCUGGUGCAGCAGCUUCAAAGCAGCAAGUAUUUGUGCGCUGUGUUGUGUAUAAUUUCCAGGGCAACAUCUAGUGUCGGCCCACAUUUGCUAAGCAUGGCUAGUGGCAUCACUAGUAGCACGUUCAUGCUUUGAUGUCGCCUAAUGUUACACUGACAAGAAAAAUUACUUGAGCUAUGUUAGCAAAUUAUGCUUCUACGAGACCAAGACAGUGACUGUUAUUAUAAAGAGGGUCUUGGCCAACGAGAAAAAGGUGCAAGUACAAAAGGUGGGUGGUGAUGGCACCCAGGCGUUUAUGCACCAGCUUGUCAUGAUGUGAUGGAUAUUGGUCGCAUUUGCUCGGACCUAGGCAAUUUUUUUAUUGGUAAAGGUGGAAUGUAUUCUGCCCUAAAAUACCAGAGGGCAAAUGAAGCAAGCUUUACUAUGCUACAGCAGCCCAAAUACAUUAUGCAUCUAUAUCAGUACAAAAUUUUAAAAAAUGGAACUCUAACCUUUAUUUUACCUUCCAAUCUGUAUCAGCACAAAAUGAAUGAAAGUGGAGUUCUCAGAAAAAAAUUAUCAGCAUAAACUGAUUGGGUGUUUCUCUCGAUAGUGUCGCUUUAAGACUGGAGUGUUAAGGAAUGUCUUCAAGUAGCCUGAUGCUUUUUAGCAGUUGAGUGACAGCAGAGUAACACAGUAAUACCUCAAGGGAGUACCCACACUGUCAACACGGGUGCAUGAGAGAGUGUCUAGAGUGAAGAAAUGUAGCACUUGUGCUAAUGGCCAAGAGAGCAGUUUUGAAAUAACAUCCUCUCAACAUGAUGAGAUAUUGAUAGCAGAUUCGUUUCAAGGAAUUACACAGGUAGUUCCAAAGCAAACAUCAAACAGCAUUUCAUGAGCAGCUAGAUACAGCCAACAUGGGCAAGCAUAGUUUAAAUGUUCCCGGGAACGUGCUAUGCGUAGUACCACAACACCUUUGCUGCCCGAAACAAUGAGACUUGUGUGCACGAGAGGCUAGUUGGUGUUCAUUAAAGCUCGUUCCUGCAAGCAUGGGCGUGCCGAGAAUAAGCGCAUCGGGCUAAGGAAGAGAAAGCUGGGCUCCUUGGUGUGCCUUCGUAUAAUCGCUUUACAGAAUAGGCAAACCGCAUCUGAAGAAAUGCGAGAACGUAAAAGCACAGGCGUCUUAUUUUUGCUGCCAGCGAAGGCAAAAGUCUCCCACUUUUUCUCAAGCACAUCACAAAUCAGAACCAGCUGUUCAGCCUGAACAGUGCUCCAACCUCGGCUCCAUUGUUGCAACUCGCACUGAAUGUGAUAUGGCACAUUGGUGCAGCCUGAUAUACAAAAAGCCGUCACUUUUAAGGAGGUUUUUGGCCAUAGUGUGGCGCAAGUGAAAUUCACAGUCGCUUGCAGAUUUAAGCGCUACAGCCGGGAAGGAAGCCUGGCAUAUGCCAACCCAAAGAAUGGUGUGCCAGUUUUACGGAUUGGGGUAAUUGACCAUUCGUAAGAUGGCAGCACUGUCCUCCAGACUCCAGGGCACAGAGGGUGCCACACUAUUGCAAACAGUGUGGAUAGAGUGAAGAGGUUUUAUCAGGCAUGAACCUUCAGAAAGCUGUGAAAGUGAACUGGUUCACUACAAAAUCAGUUUGUUAAAUUACAAUAUGUUAAUUAUUCUCAGUUAUCUGGUACCAUAUUUUCACAGUGGCUGUGCCAGUCCUAUCUUACAUUUGUCAUUUUCUCGCUUACAAAUUCUCCUUCCUCGGUAAAGGUGACACUAUGGCCAGCUUGGAGCACUAUCAGUACUUUAGCUUAAGGUGAUAUUUGCCUCUAGUAUUCCUUGCUUAGUCUGUACUUAGUGGUUGAACCUCAUGAUUUGGUUUGUCGUAGUCAGGUCUGGAAAUAAUAUUUCAGACAAUGUUUUGAGAGCAGAGAGUUGAACACCUGUGGGGUUAGAUAACCGGCGGACCAUUAGGGUUACAGAACGGGUGCCAAGGGAAGGGAAGCGCAGUCGAGGACGGCUGAAGGCGCUAGUUGGAAUCGGUUGGCGCAGGACAGGGGUAAUAGGAGAUCACGGGGAGAAGCCUUCGUGUUACAGUGGACAUAAAAUUGAUGAUGAUGAUGAUGAUGAGAACCUUGCUUCCUUGCUUCGACUUUGCCAGUGCUGCUGCCGUCACUAACUUGCAUACCACUUUAGGAGAUGGUUCAGAGAAGCGUGGCAGAGAGGAAAGAUGAUGUGAGAAACUCGUUUGGAUCUUUGCUCCGCGUUGCGUGUGUACAAUGCCCUCCUGACUGCUCUAAUUAUCCAUGACCCCGCGCAAUAGCAUUGCAGAAACUGCAGCGCUUGCCGUUCUACUAAUGUGCCAAGUCCAGAGGGGUAGAACCGAUGCAGUCACGAAACAAGUGAAUAGCUGCGCUUACAUUCUGUUUUACAGUCUGUCAGUACGAAUCCACUGCUAUGUUCAGUUUUGAAGACUGAAACCUGUUUUGGCUGUUUUAAUUGGUCAAGCAACUUCACUGCCUAUUUAGAAGCAGUGGCUGUUUGGGCAUCCAGGUGCUACUCUAAAUGCCCGUUAUUUUCGCGCAAUCUCGCCGGCUUUCCAGCGUGUUUAUCUACUAUGCCCCUCAAAGAUUUGACAAGUCUUAUCCCAUAGCAGUGGUUUGAUUUCAAGGCAUAUGACUGCCUUGUAGCAUUGCUGUUCUUGCUUCUAUUGAAUUGUCUGGAUUGCUUGUUCCAAUGGUGUUACGGUGAAGUUAUCUCAGACACAUUGGCCAUGGCCCCGGACUGAGUUUCUUUACUGGGAGUGAACCCAUACUUGUGUUAAUUAUUUUUUAUGUGUAGAAACACAGUGUGCAAGGAACAAAGAUGCACUCUUAGCAGCACUUGCACAAGUAGUUCCUUCAUUCUUUCUGAGUGAAGUUACUGGAAGGCAGAUGUGCAAACACAAACACGCAGGAAGGAAUGAACACGCGAAACAAGUAGCGUCAAUUAGAAACUAACUCAGCCUAACUGUUUGUUGACCUGUUUAGUGGCUAACACUUCAUUACAUUGUUGUAAUCGCAAGCGUGCUCCGAAGUUUGAACACAGUAUAGUUUCGUUUAGGCACGAGGACAAAGUUAUGAUCGUGGCUUCGCAUAUCAUUAAUAGCGGUAGUUUGUGCAUAAGUCAGCCCUCAGCUAUCUUGCUCGAACAAGAAAUGUCAUGCGUAAAUAGUUAGUCUUAGCAACUGCCCGCACGUGUCCAUGGUUGACAGGUUGACACUGCUUCAACUUGAGUACAUGCAGAUACCGUGUUUAUGUGAUUAUAAGGCCAGGGCACAUUUGGGGUACCUAAGAAAAAGAACCUAGGCAUGCACACUGAUAUAAGGCGAUAUAGAGUAGCUGACAGAUUAUUGAGGCAAAAGCCUUAAGUGGCUCGUUAUGGCAGAAAUAUGGGGGUCGAACCCUCGACCUUUGGUGGGAAAAAGCAAUAGGAAGUAACAACACAUUAGAAUGAAAAUGUCGAGUAAUGUAAUGAAUGUCUCGUGCGCGGGCGGGCUUUCACCUUCAUCCUCUUUAGGGUAUGCUAAAGUGACUGUCACCUUUUCAGGCUUGAUAGAGAUCACCUGAAAUAGCAAAUAAUUGUUAGCCCCUGGAAUAAUUCUUGCGAAUUAUUUACAAAUUUUGCCUUGAGACACAACUUCAUGGUAACGCCAUUUUUGCCUUAUGGUGUGGCUUUACGGCAGUGCACGACGUGCUUCCAUGAAGGCACCAUCAGGCAAAAUUCAUGUUGUGAUGUUACACCUCGAGGCAGAAUUUACAUAUAACGCACACCCAUGCUUUACUGCUAAAUUUUUCUAAUUGGUGCAGGCUACAUGUACAAAAAGUAUGGCGCUACCUCACCUGGCAAGGCUUAUUGCUAAAAUUUUAGCUACUGGCACCAUACUGAAAUAGUAACUGAACCUAUCAACCUUGCACAUGAGGUGGGGGAUGACUUUAAGGCUAAAGACUCUGGAGGAAAAGAAGACCUCACCUUAUAUUUGAGUAAAUGUGCUAACUUUUGUGUCUUCCUUCCUUUUCCUCCACUGUGCGACUCUACAGUUGAUAGUCUGUGGUCGUGUUGUCUGCGUCGUUCCUUCUUCUGUGCGUGUUUGCACACAUGAAUUUUCAGUACGAUGAAAGAUGUAAAUAAAUAUUAUUUAUUUUUUGCUUAUGGAUUGUUGGAAGGCUGAUACACGUAACUUGGUUUAUGCAAAAACGGCAUACUUUGAUGAUGAGUUGAGUUGUUUAUUCAUCUUGUGUCUAGUUGGACUGUUUCCGCAAAUAAUGCAUCUCCACCAACUAACAGAAAUGUCAGCUGUCAUUAAAGACAUGUGCUUUCACAAAGGUGAGGUUGGCACGCUUAAAAGAACAUGGAAAAAUUGUGAGAUGCAAUGUUUCCUCCUGUAACAUGCUGGCUUGCAAUGCUUUUCAUGACUGUCUUUAACAUGCCAAGAUAGGAGAAAAAAGCCAUGUGCUACAUCAUGUGUACUCAUCUUCCAUCAGCUGUGUUUGACAUUGCAUGAUCGUGACUCGUUGGGCAGCACCACCAAGCAGUGGCAGCAUUACUUGUGAUGUUUUUUUUUUUUUAAUGUCAGCAUUUAUUCAUGUGGCUGCUAUUGUCAAGUUUUCCUGGUCAAUUCGGAACAACUUCCUGUUUUAUGGAUUGAAACACAUGCUUCUUUUGUUGAUUUAGGAUGUGCAUGCAGGCUAUAGUGGCAUAUGACAAUUGGUCUGUGUGGGAUUGAGGAGACCAUUACAUUAUGUAUAGGACCAGCCGUUUGAUCAGGCCUCCUGAGCAGUGGAGCAAAGAAAAGCCGUACGAAUUGACCAGUGGAAUUCACCUUUGGUCAUUGGGCUCACUUGAAAAUUUGCGUUGGUACUUUUUUGAAGUAUGUUGCUCUAUCUCAGCACAGCAAAUUAUCGAAUCGAAACUGGCCUGUAAAAGGUGGCUGAGGUAGCAUGACCUGACUGUGCAUGUUUAUGAAGCUUAAAACUAGGUAGGUACAAGGUUAAGGUUGUGGUCACCUUUUAUUUCUAUUUUUGUUCUUGCAUUUUAGUUUUGAAGACCCUUCUAUAGCACUCGCAGUGGUCUUUUGUUUUGUGUGUGUGUGUGUGUGUGCGUCGUUUGCCUGUAUGACAUUGAUUUGCCAAUUUCUCAGACUACACUGAGUAUGCACUGUUCCUGGUGCAUCACUGCUGUUUUUUUUUUUUCACCUUUAAACUUGAUAAGAUGGAACCUUCAUUCAUAACAUGUGAUUCUGUGAGAGGCUAGUUCCUUCUAUUUUGCAACAGUCUGAACGUGUUUCCAUCAGCUGGAAUACUGAUGCUAAGUACCUCGCUCUUGUAAGUGUUGCCUACUAGAAGUGCUAUAUCAAAGUACGCAGUCCACUUUUUCUCUGCUGUGCCUCAUAUAUCGAGGUGCGUGCACAUUUCGGUUGUGCUGAAGAACUCUGUACAGUGACUGCUUGCAAAUCACUGGGAGUGCAAAUGUGACGAGUCAUUAUUUUUUGGCAGCUUAAUUAUGAAAGUCAUUGCUGCCAAAGUGCGCACAUGUGUCUGUGUGCUGUGCUCUGCUUGGAUUUUUGAGGAAUAAAGCCAUAGCAUGCCAA